UGAGCUUUGGCUUGUUGGAACCUGGAACCUGGAACUGCAAGGUGCGCCCAGUUGGUGUGGGCUGUGUGUUAAGCUGCGUAAUGCGUACGCUCUUGUAGAUUGCAACUGAAUACCUGUUAAUGUUGCAGCUCACACUCAUCUGAUAGGAGCUCUAGAAGCGCGUAUCACCAAGAGACCUUCGCAUCCGCACAAAGUUCCCUGUUUCCAACUUGUGCUUCGUACUAAAGAAAUCUAUUCCUACACACUCUCCCUGCCAAAAGCAUCCAUUAAAGCUUCUGAACCCAAAACGAACACUCCGUCCAACCCGACUGCGACCGCAAGCCAUGUGCCUUAGGAACCGCCAUUGAUGACCCCACCAUCGACAAAGAGAGACGAUGGACCCGGAGACACCAUGGCAGAUCAAGACGACAGGUCCUCCGUGGGCAAACCAGCUUUCGGUGACGAAGAGACUGUAAAGGCUGAGAAGGAGGAAGACGGCAUUGCCGGCCUCUUGGAUGAAGAGACCCAGAUAUCCAGCAGCACGCCACCAGCAAUUGAGAAGGGCGCCGUUCCCAACCGAUAUCGCGACAUUUUGCGCGAACAAGCUGACGAUGUUUCUGAGGAGGGCUCGGUGGAUGCAGCCCCGAAGCGGGCGGGGAGUCCGAUCGAUUCCCUGAUGUCAAUUCCUGAUGAUUCCCCGUCUAUCCAGGGCUCCGUAAUCUCUUCUCCGAGCAGUAGUGUCCUCCCAUCCGUGGCCUCCCGACCAGGCCUUAGCAGCCCAAGCCCCUCAUUCCGACCCUUCGACCGCCGCUUCCAGUCUCGCAUCUCCUCCGGCUUUAUCCACAGCCCACGAUCCUCUUCCCCUGCCUUUCUCACCGGCCACAGCCGUUCUGCAUCCCUCAGCUCGGGUCUGUUGGACCGUGAUGACACCGAUACACCCACCCCGCCGUGGGAAGUCGUACGAUGGACGAGAUUAAGAAAGCUCAACGGCCAGGCCUUCUCAGAGGCUGGCAAGCGCAACUUUGGAACACCCACCUGCAUUGCUGUCUCUGCUUCAAUUGUCCUUGGGACUAGCAAGGGCAUAAUAUUAAUGUUUGAUUAUAGCCAGGUCUUGAAAACUAUUAUCGGGCCCGGUACCAAAGCGGUUGAAUGCGGCGCCAUUACGGCGAUAGCGAUUUCGGCAGAUCACACCACGAUCGCUGGUGGUCAUGCAAACGGAAGCAUCUUCACCUGGGAGACGAACCGCGCAUCAAGACCGUUCUUGCACAUACCGCAUCUGGAUCAAGCGCAAGUCCUGAAUCGGACCAUGGACGGCCACCUUCCCAACGUUGCUGUUACUCAUCUCGGAUUUCUCGGGACAAGACACACGGCGCUCGUCUCUUCGGACGACCGCGGUAUGGCGUUCUCACACCUGGCUACGCGAGGAACGGGAUCCCUUGGCCGCACCGUGAAAACAACCAGGAUCCUUGGAAGGUAUCCGAAUGCUGCACCUCCUACAAACAAGACUCUUAAACCCAGUACAGUUCUGGCAUUCGGCUCUUUGCCUCUGGGCAACACUGAACGCGCAACUGACACCAUGGGGCUUACGGCGAUGCUCACCCCUUACCUUUUGGUCAUCGUAUCUACGACACCCAUAGCCCAGACCCAGCAUAAGUCGGCCAGACCGAAGGAUGUUGCUCACCACAGCGCGAUGACCGGCUGUUUAGCAUGGUUCCCCGCGGUCAAGCUUAAGGUCUCAGAUUCAGCCACAGGAAGCGACAUCUCCAAAGCCAAACUGGUUUACUGUUGGUCCGACGUUUUGACUGUUCUCGACGUUGACGAGAUACCGGCCGAGAACAAGGACAAACCUCCGACGCUGAAGUUCAAGGCACGGAGUAGAUGGAAGUGCGAAGAGGCCAUCGUUGCGGUCCAGUGGCUCAGUCGUUCGGUCCUCGCCGUGCUGACCAUCACACAACGCUUGGUCGUGCUGGAGGAUCAAACCAUGCGCAUGACGGAGAGUUUCGAUCUGAUCAACAAGUUCAUCUACCACGCCGAUCUCUUCUCGAAACAGCUGCAUAAUCUGGUGGAGCAGUUGGAUGAGGACGAUACAUCCAUGCAUGGCGUCGUGGCUGAUGCGUUUUAUAUGAGCUUCAAGACCUAUAAAGGCAAAAUAUUCCUUCUCGGGUUCAACGAUGUCUCUAUCGGGUCAUUGUCAAAUUGGGCUGAUCGAAUCAUUGCUCUCAUGGAGAAUGGUGAUUACAUCGGAGCCAUACAGCUCGGUACAUCGUACUACACGGGUGAUGCCGAUAAGCUUACCAUUGGUUUACCUGAAGACACCGGAUUGCGGCAUUCGAUGGUGCGCGACAAGCUUAUGGAAAUCAUGAGAGCAUCCCUCAAGUACGCUUUCACGCAGCGGCAGAAAGACAGAUCUUCUGCUGACGACAGCCAUCUGCGGGAGCUGGCUGAGGCCUGCUUUACUGCUUCUCAUAGCGUUGGCGAUAUCGACUUUCUCUUUGAAGAGAUGUACGAGUGGUAUGAAGACGCCGGUGUGGAGGGUAUCUUCUUCGAAACUAUGGAGCCUUACAUCCUCGAGAAACAAAUCACCGUCGUACCCCCAGCCAUUAUCAAAGCCACGGUAACACACUAUGUCAACAAGGGAUGGGAGAGCCGUCUCGAGGAGAUGAUUGUUCAUAUGGACACUAUGACUUUGGACUUGGACCAGAUUACCUUAUUGUGCAAGCAGUAUGGCCUUUACGAUGCGCUGAUUUACGUCUGGAACCAAGCGCUGGACGACUAUAUUACGCCACUGAUCGACCUGCUAACCUUGCUGGUACCUCUCAUGGGCAAUGGUGACUACAUGUCUUCCGGGAAUGUGGACGACGAGAUAUAUGGCGUGAACGCCUUGAAGAUGUUCCCUUACCUCUCCUACACGUUGACUGGCAGAGUAUACCCCACUGGUGAAGUUAUGGAUGAUGCAAUUGCCUCGAAAGCUAAAGCUGAGAUAUACUGGUUUCUGUUUUCAGGAAAUAGCGUCAUCUGGCCAAAGGGCAGCGAUCGGCGGUUCCUUACACGACCAGACCAGCAUACCGAACCGUCCUUCCCGUAUCUGAGACUGAUUUUGAAGUUCGACGCCCCGAGCUUCUUGAGCGCCGUCAACGAGGCCUUUGAAGAUUCGUUCCUCAACGACUCGCCUGAGAAGCAAGUCAACGGCGGCAUCAGGGGCGAUGUUCCCGAAGAGCAAAUCUUUGGUCGCACUGUUGAUCGCCAAUAUAUAGUCUCUAUCCUCCUGGAGAUCAUGAACCCCUCAGACUUCGCCGCAGAGGACAUUAUCUAUCUCGAUAUGUUCAUCGCCCGCAACCUUCCCAAGUUUCCUCAAUACUUAUUGUUCCCCGGGUCAAUUCUUACAAAGGUCCUAACGGGAUUAUGCAACUAUCCUGGAGCAGAUCUAUCCGAAGACGCACAGCUCAGCGCCGAAUACCUCCUGUCGAUAUACCAGCCUCCCGACGUCAACGCGUUAAUCCCCAUGUUCAAGAAGGCCGGGUUCUACCGGACUCUAAAGAGGCAAUACAAGGUUGACAGACAGUAUGGCAAGCUUGUCCAGACUUAUUUCGAAGACCCCGCUGACCGGGACGCCGUCUUUGAAUGCAUCGGGGAUUGUCUACGGCCACAGAGUGGUCUGGACCGUCGCCAGGUUCAAGAAGUCCUAGACGCAAUCAAGAACAACGCCAGGGCCCUGCUCGAAACGGGUCCUCUCCAAGCCGCGAAAGCUCUGUCAGCUCAGUCGGUUGACAUCCAUCAGCAUGUUCUCGACUCUGUCGAAGACGCUCCGGGGCUACAGUUCUUUUACCUCAGAACAUUGCUCGAGCCCGAAAAUCAAGACGGCGAGUCUCCGACGAACCCAGAUCGGGUCCUCAUCGAACGCUACGUACAGCUCAUGUGCAAAUACGAUCCGUCUCAUGUUUCCGACUACAUCGGGUUGGUUCAGUCUGUCAAUCUCAGGCUCGAUGUCCUGCUUCCGGCCAUGGAAGAGACUGGUGUCAUCGAUGCUGCAGUUGUAUUGAUGGCUCGCGAGGGCCAGGUCAAGGAUGCUAUGGACAGACUUGUGAAGCACAUUGGUACUCUUGAGUCAGCCCUGCAAGGCAUCCUAACGGGUGCUCAAAAGGAAGAUACCGAUGGAAUGCAGUCAGGAGCGGAGGAGACUCUACGGGCACUUCAAAAGUACGUCCAUGUGGGUAUCUGGCUUUGCCAAGGCCAAACCAAGUCAUCGAGGAAAAUGAAUGGUGUUCAAAGAAAAUCAAAGUCCACCACGCAAACGCUAUCACCAGACGAAGAACUCUGGCUCAGCCUGAUCGAUGCAGCCGUGCAGACUACUCGACAACUUUCUGCGACUAUUGAGACCUUGGAUAGUACCGAGAAUGACAAUGGGACAGACGAGACCCACGACGCACCGGGCAGUCUGGACAAGGAAAAGCUCUUGGCACUUUUGCGGUCUCUGGUACAGCACACCUUUACUGCGCUUCUAACAACGACCUCGAGCCCUACCGGAGCUCAGGCGAGCGGCCGACUGCUUACCAAUGCCGGAAGCAAUUUGUCUUUCUUGCGUAUCCUGCGAUCCUUCCUCACCCGAGCCGCGGCCUCUUCGCCAAAUUUAGCAGACCUGCGUUCUGUCCUAGCUUCAAUCUUCUCGGCAUAUGCCUAUGAGGAAUCAAUACUUCGGCUAUCCAACCGAUUGCUCGAGCGAAGUUUGUUCGUCAACGUCAAGCAGGCAGUGGAACUGCGACAACGUGGUUGGCGACCUAGAGGCUCGACAUGCGAAGCUUGCAGUCGCCGCAUCUGGGGCCCGGGUGUUUCGGGCAAUGUUUUCGAGGCUUGGGAGGAGAAGCAAGCGCGGGAUGAAGAGAUGAGGGCGGAGAGAAAAUCGCAAAUGGCCGCAGGGGACAUGGGCAAGGCUGGAAGCUCGAGCGAUACGUCCCAGACCGCGGGGGACUCAAAGGGCAAAGGUAAAGCGGCACCUGUGACAUCAGAGCGUCCAGCCGAAGACGGUACGGACGAAGUCACGAGUGAUGCGGAUGACGGGAAGGCGAAGCCGCUAGAGCAACCGCUGGGGCCCUUAGUCGUGCUGGCCUGCAGACAUAUUUACCAUCAGAGCUGUUUGGAUGCCUACCAGGUCCGACCGGACGUUGAGGGAAAGAGCCGAGUGGAGGCGCACGCAAGGGAGUAUAGAUGUCCGAUUGACGGGUAGAUGAAUGAGGUGUAUCUUCUGUGUAGUAGGCAUGUACAAAUUUCACGAAUUCAUGAUAAGUACCGG